UGAUUUCUCAUAGGUGCGGGUUCAAAGAUGGCGGAAGAGGAGAGUCACUUAGAAGAAUUUGAGCAAAUAGACUUUUUAAGAGAUCGACAUGUUCGUUUCUUCCGGAGAACACUGCAGGUGUUACCUGAGAGAUAUGCCUCACUGGAAACGACCAGGUUAACAAUCAUAUUUUUCGCUCUGUCUGGUCUCGAUGUUCUGGAUGCCCUUGAUGUGAUUGAUAGGAACACAAUGAUUGAUUGGAUCUACUCACUACAGGUCAUGCCUACAGAGGAUGAAUCCAACCUCAGUCGAUGUGGUUUUAGAGGCUCGUCACAUAUUGGAAUUCCUUACAGCAUGAAGGGUCCAGGUGUUUUUCAUCCAUACGACAGUGGCCAUGUGGCUAUGACCUACACUGGGCUGUGCUCACUGCUCAUCCUGGGAGAUGACCUGAGCAGAGUCAACAAAAAGGCCUGUCUGGCCGGUCUCAGAGCGCUACAGCUGGAGGACGGCAGUUUCUAUGCAGUGCCAGAAGGCAGUGAAAAUGACAUUCGCUUCAUUUACUGUGCAGCCAGUAUCUGUUAUAUACUGGAUGACUGGUCAGGUAUGGACAUCGAGAAGGCCAUUGACUACAUCAGAGGAAGUUUGACCUACGACAAUGGAUUUGGACAGGGAGCAGGACGAGAGUCUCAUGGUGGCUGGACGUACUGUGCCAUAGCCUCUCUGUGUCUGAUGGGUCGCCUGGAGGAGGCGCUGAGUCAGCGGGAGCUGGACAGAAUACGACGCUGGUGCGUCAUGAGGCAGCAGAACGGCUUCCAUGGACGCCCCAAUAAGCCUGUGGACACGUGCUACUCCUUCUGGGUCGGAGCUACACUAGAGCUGUUAAAUGUGUUCCAGUACACAAACUUUGACAAGAACAGGAGCUUCAUCCUGUCCACACAGGAUUGGCUGGUGGGGGGAUUUGCAAAAUGGCCCGAUAGCCAUCCAGACCCUCUCCAUGCCUACUUAGGUUUGUGUGGUUUGUCACUGAUUGGUGAGCCCGACCUAAGGAAGGUCCACCCAGCUCUUAACAUCACCCAGAGAGCCUUUGAGCACCUCCAGCAGCUGCAGCAGACAUGGAGGGACAGCAGCGACGGUGGCUGUAGUGGACAGCACUGACAUCAGGAUGAUCUAUUUGGUCUGCCUCAGAACAGGUUCAGUCAAUAAUGUCCAACAGCAGUCAACCGUUACUGGACUUGUGUGUGUCUCAGUGAGGUUUGACCUCUUAACCUCAAGGCCAUUCUCCUUCACGAAGUCGUGACCUUUUUCAGAGACUGUGGUUUCACAGAAGUUACUGUGAGCGCAUCUCAUGAUCACUGAAAGCAACUCUUCUGCUAAACAAUACACACCUCACUUUGCUGCCUUUUUAAGUAGAAGCUAAUAGCUAAAUAUGUUUGCAUUGUUGUUUGUUUGGGAAUAAAAUAUGUGCCAGAAAGUCAUACUUUCACAAGUCAAACUUGAGCUCACAAUGAACUUGAAUAAGCUCCAGGUUACCCCUGUAGUCCAUAGAUAAUGUUUUUGAUGUUUUUAUGAGUUGUCUAGGCCUUAAAAUGCAUGCAGAAUCAGCAAUACAAUAUGUUCUUCACUUUCUUUUAAACAUUAAUACAACUGUAUCCCUUCACAUAGAUGUUAAGAAACAGCCUUAAGUCUGAGUUGCAUUUCAACAUCAUAAGAGCUAAAUCAAACAACCUGGAAUAACAUCACACUGCUCUUAUUUAUUCAUCUUUGACAGAGGCGGAGCUAAAACAUAUCCUAGUGGUAGGGCCAGCCCUCCACAGAGCCACAUUUUGAAUUAACCAUGUUUAUAAUAGCGAUGUCCGAUAUUAACUUUUUGCAGAUAUACCGAUAUUGUCUAAAGACUUAAAUUUUGAUUCAGAUAUCAACUGAUACCAAUAUAUGUAACUGUUUGGGUUAAAGCAGUGCUUCUCAAAUAGUGGGGCAGGUCCCCCUUGGGGGGGCGCGAUGAGGUGCCGGGGGAGAAUGUGAGGGGCUUCCAAUGGAAUAUGGCACGCUAGACAUAAUCGUAACACUGCUGUAAUGCAUGAAUGAUAACAAGCCUCCAGUCACUUGGUGGCAGCAACUCAUACAGUGGGUUGUACAGAUAAAAAUAUAGAUGACAGAAAAUAAUUGAGAGCCACUGGGUUAAAGGGAGAAGAUAUGUUUCAUUGUGUGCAGUUUUGUGAUUUGUCACAAUGAUAAUAGUGUGCACAAAACAAAUAAUAGUUUCACUUUAACUUCAAAACUAUUUUUAGGUCACAUCAUAUGGGCAAAACCCAAGUUAGGCUUUACACAAUCUUCAUGAUUUGGGCUCUGCACGCCACCACAUUGGAUUUGAAAUGAAACAACUACAACGUAAUUGAAGUGCAGACUUUAAGGUUUAAUCCAAGGGGUUGAACAGUACAAAGUACAUGAUUAAACAUGCAGGAAUUGUAGCUAUUUAUACAAACGCUCCUCAAUUCAGGGGCUCAAAAGUAAUUGGACAAAUAAACAUAACCCUAAGCGAAAUGUUACUUUUCAAUAUUUUGUUGAGAAUCCUUUGCAGGCAAUGACUGCCUGAAGUCUGGAAGCCAUGGACAUCACCAAACGCUGGGUUUCCUCCUUUGUGAUGCUCUGCCAGGCCUUUACUGCAGUCUUCAGUUGUUGCUUGUUUGUGGGUCUUUCUACCUUAAGUUUUGUCUUGAGCAAAGUGAUUAACUUUCUGCUCAGAUUCAGCCAAAUGCAGCAAAGUUGAUUGGAUGGCGCCUCACAGUACAGAUGAUCCAAAACAUGCCAUCAUGCUGUGCUUUUAUUUUCCAAUGUAAAACAAAAGGGAUGAUUAUUUAGGGACUAAAGACAAAACACUGUCUUUUUUUGGAUUUACACUCCUGAAAAGGAACUGCUAAUUUAGUCUCCCCAGGUAGUUCCACACUGCAAUCGUUAUGCAGCUCUUCAACUUUUUAAGUCCCUCAAGCUCUUCACAUCCAAAGGUGAAACCAGUUGGCAGGUUUCACUCCCCUGAGCUUCUCUCCUCGGAAUCCCUAGGUUUAACUACUGCAGGCUUUUUUCAUUGAUCAGAGAAACUUUAAAUAACAAUAAUACUGGAAAAGCCAACAACCACCUCUGAGAUCACAAUUCCAACAAUUUAAAACCAUUUUAAACAACCAGACAAAAUAUAUUUAACUACAAGUCCUGCUGUGCCACAAUAAAGUAUACAGUAUUUAUAUGCGAUUUCCCUGAGGGCAACACUGAAAUAGAUUAGAUCUUAUGGAGGAUUCUUUUCCUCAAACAUCUUCUGAUCUGAGUUUCUGCUUCAAGGCUGUCUGGACUGAAAUCAGUAGUAAAAAACAACAUAGUGGCAUCAUAACCUUAGGCAGGUUUUUUUUUUGUUUGUUUGUUUGGUUUUUUUUGGAGAUCCAUAUAUUUUCAGAGCUGUAGGACAAAACAACAUGUUCAUUCUUCACUUGUUGGCAACAUCUCUUACGUUCCAACAGAAAUGACUGGAUUCCAAAAUGAGGAUCGAAAAGUAAAUAUCCACACUUUUAAAGCAACUAAAAAAACCAACAACUAUGUCUUAAAUAACUAUCAUUAAUCCUUAGCAAUUAUAUUUACAUCCUCUAUUUACAUUCCGUUAGACAAAAAUAAGAGUUUUAUUUUAUUUUUAUUAAUGAAUAUAUUUGAUUACCCCUU